AUGGCGGAAGCUAUAAUUUCACAAGUGGUGGGGAGAAUUGCUACUAUGUUAGAAGAUAAGAUUCGGUCUGAAGUUAAUUUGGUUAGAGGCGUGAAGGACGAACUUUUUUAUCUUUCCAAGAAGCUCAAGACGAUCCAAAUGGUGUUGGAUGAUGCAGAAAAGAGAGGAGUGAAUGAUGAAAGUGUCAAAAGUUGGUUGAAGAAGCUCGAAGCUACUGCCUAUGAGAUGGAGGAUAUUUUGGAUGAAUGGAGCUAUUCUCUUCUCAGAGAUAAGAUGGAAGGUUCGGCUGAGCAUGAGCCUGAGCCUAAGCAAAAGAUAGGGUGCUGCUUCAUCAGACCUUCUUGUUUAUGUUUCAAGAAAGUUUCUGUCCGUCGUGAUAUUGCCAAGAAAAUAGAAAAUGUGAACGCUGUGCUUGAACAGAUUUACAAGGAGAUAAAUGAAUUUAAUUUUGUCAUCUCUCCGCCUACAGCUGAUCCUGUGCCCACACCUUGGCGAGUGCAAUCCACACCUUCUGUUGACUUGACGAAAGUUCAUGGGGAGGAUAUAUGUGAGAAAAAAGAAGACAUAGUGAGCAAACUAAUGCUUAAUGGAAGUGAUACCCAAAUUUUGUCCAUUGUUGGAACGGGGGGACUUGGGAAAACAACUCUCGCCAAACUUGUUUAUAAUGAUAAACUAGUGAAGGAUUGUUUUGAAUUAAGAAUAUGGAUUUGUGUUUCUGAUCCAUUUGACGUGGCUAGGAUUGCAAUAGGAAUUGUUAACGAAGUGGGAAUAGAAACGAUUCCUCCAAACUCCAACCAAUUGGCACUGGUAUUAAAAAAGCUAGAAGCAUCCAUUUCAGGAAAGAGAUUUCUUCUUGUGCUUGAUGAUGUUUGGACAGAAGACAACACCAAGUGGGAGCCUCUGAAAAUCAGUCUCCAAUGUGGUGCACCCGGCAGUAAAAUUCUGGUGACAACAAGAAAGGAAACGGUAGCUAAGAUGGUCGGUACCUUAAACGAUAAUAUGUAUCACCCAAAUAAGCUUAGUGAAGAAGAAUGUUGGUCAUUAUUGUGUGACACGUCUCUUCUAGGAAAGAGUGACAAGGAAUAUGGAAAAUUUGAGGUUUUGGGCAAGAAAAUAGCUAGCAAGUGCAAUGGGUUGCCUCUUGCUGCAAUUGUUUUGGGAACACUUUUGCAAUUCAAGGAUUUGGAAGGAUGGAAACAUGUAGAGAAGAGCGAAAUAUGGCAAUUGGAGAAUGCAAAAGUAGAUCUUUUUCCUCAUUUGGUUUUAAGCUACAAUGAAUUGUCCCCGGCUCUUAAGCGUUGUUUUUCAUAUUGUGCCGUCUAUCCUAAAGAUCACAAAAUUCAUGCAGAGACUCUGAUAGAAGAGUGGAUGGCACAAGGUUAUCUGGGCUCUGAUAGAGGAAAUGGUGCAGCAGAAUUCAAAGGGCGCGAUAACAUCAGAAAAUUAACAAUGCGUUGUUUGUUUCAAGACAUUGUGAAAAGUAAGUCGGGAGAGCAGAUAGAAUGGUGUAAAAUGCAUGAUAUAGUACAUGAUUUUGCUCUAUUUCUUAGGAGGAAUGAUGAGAGAGAGAAAAGUUGUAAAGUUUGUGAUUCUUCAUUGGUUUCUCAUGUCCAAGAAUAUCGGAGUCUAUCUUGGUACUACACAUCCCCUCCUGUUGUUGAAAGAGAUAGAAGUUGUAAAGUUUGUGAUUGCAUGAAAAGUGUUAGGGUGUUAAGAAUUGAGAGAUUUACGCAUUCCUAUUCCAAUGGGAAUGGAAACAUUGAUUCACUUGAGAUGGUUGGAUAUUAG